AUGGUUCGUCUCAGUCUCUUUACUCUGAUCUCCUAUUCUGCCAUUGGAGUUUUCGCCAAUGCUACUGACUUGGACACUACUCUCGUAUCUACCUCCUCUACCCCGUGUGCUUCAGUUGUUACCACAGUGGUAUUCUCUCAACCUACUUUCUGCUCGUGCCCUAAUGACGGCACUUUGGAUGCUCUUGUACAAGCUGAAAAGGGUGCCAAAGACAGCGUCGACAAGAUUGUUCUAAUUCUCCAAAGUGCCAAUGUCAAUUUGAGUAGUGUCCACGAAGCUUUAGUGGUACUUGAAGAUAGUAUGACAGGCUUGGCCAAUUUAGUUAAUGGUGCAGCUUGUAUUGGGCCUGACUUCGUGAAUGUCUUCUCUAAUAUUGUUCAGGCUAUCGCGACAUGUGCUGGACUUAUUUUUGACCUUGCCACUGUAAACGUGCUAGGUUCUAUUGAACAGAUUUUUGAACUUGUUAAAAGCGUUGGAAACUCUGUUUCUGCCAUUGUUCAUGGCAUCAAGGCUAUCAUUGAAAAUAAAGAUCUGCUCGUAUGCUUUGGAUGCCAAGAGGUCAAUGCUUUGAACAAUAUGCUUCUCGUUUUAGAAGACGUUGCCAAAAAAAUCAUUCCCGGGUUUAAACUCCCACAGCUGCCUUCUUGUAGUGGGCCCACUACUACGGUUCUCACUGUUAGCGGAGGUUGUAGUGCCGCUCCAGCUCCCACAAUAUCUGACACAAUCGGAGGUAGUAGACAAUGCACUCGUAUCUACACUGUAAGUGCUCCUCCCUUGGACCCGACACUGUGCCCUUGUUCUGAAGAUCAAACUCUGAAUGGAGUCAUCACCGAUAUCCAGAACGUAAUUAACUUUGCAAAAGCUAUUCUGUCUAUUCUUCCCCCGCUACCUGGUGUUUUGGGUAGUCUAAGCUCAAAAGUUUUGCCCGAGCUCGUUGACAGCUUGAUAAGGUUUCUCAAUGUCCUAUUUGGAGCUGGUUGCUUGGGGAGUUUCGCGGGACCACUACUUAGCGCCUUGAAGGACCUUCUUAUUCGUAUUCUUUCUCUUGUGAAAUUGCUUCAGCAAGUAUCUCAGAACCCAUCUGGUGCAGUUGACACUAUUGUAUCUGUUCUGACUGCCGUACUAAAAAUGUUCAACUCUUUGACUGACCAACUGUUCGCAGUUAUUGAAAGCAAAUCCAUGAAAUGUUUUGCUUGCUCUGAUAUCAAUUCUCUCAAUUCACUGAUUUCUAGUGUUAAUGAAGAGCUAUCUCGCUUGCCGGUUGUUUCAGGGAUCCAAAUCUCACUGUUCCCCAGCUGUGAUUCCUCUGCUUCCAUUCUUACCAAUAUAGUUCCUUGCACUGUUUCGGCCUAA